CUGGGCAGCGGGGUGCGCGCGGGCGCUGGGCAGUGGGACACGCGCUGGCUCUGGGCAGCAAGGUGUGGACGGACGCUGGGCAGCGGAGCGCGUGCGGGCGCUGGACAGCGGGGCGCGCGAAGGUACAGGGUAGCAGGGCGCGCACGGGCGCUGGGCAGCGGGGCAUGCGUGGGCGCUGGGCAGCAGGGCGCGCGCGGGCGCUGGGCAGCGGGGCGCGCACUGGCGCUGGGCAGCGGGGGACGCGCAGGGACGGGGCAGCAGGGCGCGUACGGGCGCUGGGCAGCGGGGCGCGAUGGGCAGUGGGGUGCGCUGGCGCACUGGAAAGCAGGGCGCGCUGGCGCGUUGGGCAGCGGGGCGCGCUGGCAUGCUGGGCAGUGGGGCGCGCUACUCUGGUCCUGA